GGAACUGUCGAGCCGAUGCCCUAGCUCAUUUCUCGUCUGUGGCAUGUGAAUUAAGGAAAAGUUUCUUUGAUGACCGAUAUAUAUACACACAAAAGUGCCCUCUUCCUUAUGAUUUUAGCAAACCUCUCACUUUGUUUGGUUCAAGAGGGAAUGUGAUGUUGGUAGGAAGUUAAAUCUCUAACCUGAUCGGCCCAAGUCACACACUGAAAUUAUUCAUUUGUCAUCCCGGAAGUAAAACCAUCCUUACUGUUAAAUAGAUUCAGUCGGUAUGCCGAUAAAGUCGUUUUUGUGUUUUCUGAUCGUUUUGGGAAUUUUAAACAUAUCAACAGCACUACAGUGUAAAAAUGGUAACGAGACGGUGUGUUGUCGCGGGUAUGUAUCUAGGCCUACUUCAGGAAAUGAACUAAAUUGCCAGGCUUGUAGUAGUUUCACAUAUGGGGACAGCUGUACGUCUAAAUGUGCGUGCAUACAGAACAAUUCCUUGAGCUGUGAUAACGUCAAUGGAACUUGUCGAUGCAAAGAUGGCUACACAGGCUCAAGAUGCGAGAACAAAUGCCCGCCAUGGACAUUUGGACCUGGAUGCAAAUCGAAGUGCUUGUGUGUACAACGACAGUCCAAGUCAUGUAAUCACGUCAAAGGAGCAUGCACGUGCUCCCCGGGUUACACGGGCUCCACAUGUGCGCAAAAGUGCACAGAAUUUACCUUUGGUGACAACUGUAAACCGUGCACAUGUAUAAAGAAUCAGACAAAGACCUGCGACUUUGUCAGCGGAGCGUGCACGUGCUUACCAGGAUACACAGGAAGGAACUGUGAAAGCCGUUGCCCGACCAACACAUAUGGUCAAAACUGUGUUAACAACUGUACGUGCAAUAUCCAGAACUCUAUGUCUCCGUGUAGUAACGUGAACGGUGCCUGUUACUGCAAAUCGGGAUACGACCCUGCAAAACAGUGUGAAAAAGAGUGUUCCUUUCCGAUGUAUGGUGCUGGCUGUUCAUUGGGUUGCAAGUGUACCACGAGUAAAGCCAGCAGUUGUAACGCAUUCACAGGGGAGUGUGUUUGUCGUCGUGGGUACGAACCACCCAGCUGCCAAGAUGAUUGUAGAGAUUACACAUACGGACUAAACUGUACCUUAAAUUGUUCGUGCGUGUCGGAAAAUACAGAGAGAUGUAAUCCCAAAACUGGAUUUUGCACGUGCCUCCCAGGUUUCAGGGGAAUAAAUUGCGAGUUUGAAUGCCCGGAUGGAAAGUAUGGAAAUGGGUGUGCAGAAACUUGCAACUGCAGUGAGAACCAGUUUAAGACAUGCCGGAAGCGGGAUGGACUUUGCCUCUGCAAGACCGGAUAUGAGGGCAAAACCUGUUCUAAAGCCUGUGGCGAGUGGCGCUAUGGUUCAGAGUGUUUAGGACGAUGUACAUGUCAUGUGAACCAAUCUGUCAGCUGUGACCCAAUAACAGGAGAGUGCACGUGUUUGAGUGGGUAUAUGUCGGAUGAUUGCACAGUGGCAGCGUUAAUACGAGAUGAUGAUUCCGACUUCCCAGUGGCAGCCUUCGUUAUUGGUUGGGUUAUCGGGUUAAUUCUGAUUGCAUCAGCAGUAGGCGUGGUCCUGUAUAUAAUUACGACACGAAGAAAGAGAAAAUUUAAAGACAUUCAAAAGGAAGACACUAAUGGUAUUUCCGCCUCAAAUCCACGGUACAGUAACGCAGUAUUCAGUCCUGAAAUAUCAGAGGACCCACUGUACGUCAAUGCCAUGGUUGAUGAUGUAAAGAAUUCUGACGUCAACGCGAUUGCAAAUGACGUAGGACAGUCUGACGCCAAUAUUUACGACAAUCAGACGGAAAAAGAUCAAAGCGCAGCGCUUUACGGUAAUGUUGAUAUCAGUCAGGACGUUCAGUCUCAGGCCGCCGGGGGUGAAUACGAGAGUGUGGCAAUUAAACCCUUCCAUGACGUCAGUGACAAUAACGCGGAUGUUUAUGAGUGUCUGAGGAAACAAAGUAAACCCGAGACAUCACUGUACACGAGGCUCCAGUUCCAAAACAGCAAUCAAGUCUCUCAAAGGACGCCGUCAAAGGAGAUGUCCAAAGGAAAGAAAUGAGUUAAUAUUUUGAUGAAACAUAAAAGUUCCACUGACAAUAAUUUUUAUUGGAAAUUUCUGUAUCAUGUUAUUGUUUACCGUGAUCCUUAACUUUUCAUAAUAAGUCAAGUUUGUGGAAGGUACAUGUAUAUUUAAAAACAACUUUUGUCAUCAUUCCGAAAACUAGAAGAUAUGUACAUUAUUUUCUUCAGUUAUGAAACAUUAUGACCAGGAAACCACUUGACUCUUUUUUACAUACAGCUGAAACAUUUCAUACGAAAAUGGAACCUGGGAAACUUGAAUUAUUCAGUGGGGAUUAUAUUUUCAAUGGAAUCAAAGGCAUAUAUUAAAAUGACCGUUGGACCGAGCGAAGUAUGAAAUGGUCAUUGGCGAGGCCAAAGUGAUAAACAUAAUCAGUAAAAUAUUCUCUCACUUGUAUAUAUGUUAUUUAUGAAAUUCAAAAUGAUCUGGCGCUAAACGCCCAGUAACACCUAAACAUUGAA